AUGGCCGGGGGCGGCGGCGCGGAGCGGGCCGGGAUCGCGGUGGCCGCCGCGGGGCUCCUGCCGCCCGCCCGCCGCCAGCCCCGCCGCAGGGAGGGCCGGGAGCGGCUGUCGGUGUGCAGCAAGCUGUGCUACGCCGUCGGCGGGGCCCCCUACCAGACCACGGGCUGCGCGCUCGGCUUCUUCCUGCAGAUCUACCUCCUGGACGUGGCGCAGCUGGACCCCUUCUACGCCUCCAUCAUCCUGUUCGUGGGGCGAGCCUGGGACGCCAUCACGGACCCCUUGGUGGGCUUCUUCAUCAGCAAAACCCCAUGGACCCGCUUCGGCCGCCUCAUGCCCUGGAUCAUCUUUUCCACGCCGUUUGCUGUCAUCUCCUACUUCCUCAUCUGGUUCGUGCCGAACAUCUCCAGGGGCCAGGUGAUGUGGUACCUCGUCUUCUACUGCCUCUUCCAGACCCUCGUGACGUGCUUCCACGUGCCCUACUCGGCGCUGACCAUGUUCAUCAGCAGGGAGCAGAGCGAGCGGGACUCGGCCACCGCUUACCGCAUGACGGUGGAAGUGCUGGGCACCGUGCUGGGCACCGCCAUCCAGGGCCAGAUCGUGGGCAAGGUGGUCACCCCCUGCAUCCAGAGCCCCCUCUUCGUCAGUGAGAGCAACGCCUCGGCCUCCAUGGGGGACGUGAACAUGACGCACUACACCGGGUCGCUGAUGGACAUGAGGAACGCCUACAUGGUCGCCGCGGGGGUCAUCGGGGCGCUCUACAUCCUCUGCGCCGUCAUCCUGUCGGUGGGCGUGCGGGAGAAGAGAGAGUCCUCCGAGCUGCAGUCGGACGAGCCCGUCUCCUUCUUCCGGGGGCUGAAGCUGGUGAUGAACCACGGUGCCUACAUCAAGCUCAUCACCGGCUUCCUCUUCACCUCGCUGGCCUUCAUGCUGCUGGAGGGCAACUUCGCCCUCUUCUGCACCUACACCCUGGGCUUCCGCAACGAGUUCCAGAACAUUCUCCUGGCCAUCAUGCUCUCGGCCACCUUGACCAUCCCCUUCUGGCAGUGGUUCCUCACCCGCUUCGGGAAGAAGACUGCUGUCUACGUGGGCAUCUCGUCUGCCAUCCCCUUCCUCAUCGUGGUGGUUGUCCUGGACAGUAACCUCGUUGUCACCUACAUCGUGGCCGUGGCGGCCGGGAUCAGCGUGGCGGCCACCUUCCUCCUGCCCUGGUCCAUGCUCCCAGAUGUCAUAGACGACUUCAAGCUGCAGCACCCCGACUCCCGCGGCCAUGAAGCCAUCUUCUUCUCCUUCUACGUCUUCUUCACCAAGUUCACCUCGGGGGUCUCCCUAGGCAUCUCCACGCUCAGCCUAGACUUCGCAGGGUACCAGACCCGGGGCUGCUCCCAGCCCAACGAGGUGAACUUCACCCUGAAGAUGCUGGUGUCGGCUGUGCCCGUGGGCCUGAUCCUGCUGGGCCUGCUCCUCUUCAAGCUGUACCCCAUCGAUGAGGAGAAGCGGAGGGAAAACAAGAAAGCCCUGCAGGACCUGAGGGAGGAGAGCAACAGCAGCUCCGAGUCGGACAACACAGAGCUGGCCAGCAUCGUGUGACGGGGCCGGGCCGCCGCUGGAGCCACGCGGGGCACCCGCACCCCCGCCAGCUCUGCGCCCGUCUGGGCCCGGACCCGCAGAGCGCCGGUAGUGUACAUUACACAGUGACCCCGGGGGGCUCCCCUGCCGCCACGGGACGGUGCUGGUCCCGCGGGACGGUGCUGGUGCAGGGGGCACGGAGUGGGGCCCGCGGCCGGGGCAUGGUUGGUGUACAUUACACUGUCGGUGUGACCGCGCCGAGGACGUGGGCUCACCUCUGCCGUCUGUACAUAUGACACUAAUUUAGAAAACUGUUCUUUUGGUUUUUUUUAUGGAGCUUAAUUAACUUAAUGAUGUAAAUAUUAAACUGUUUCCUAUUUGUA